UUAUUUUUAUUUUAUUUUUUAUUUAUCCACUUUGAGGGAAAAACGAUUUUUAUAGAUGGGACGACAGCAUUAUUCUUCAGCCAGUGAAUCUCAUUAUAAAACUCAAUAUAAAAGACAUGCAAAAGAAAAAGAACAAUUAAUAAAUCAUAAAAUGGAAAUUAUUUCCUCAAGUAGUCAUACUUCAUCAGAAGGGCAAGGAAAAGAAUACACAUAUCUUGAGCAACAUAAAGUAGAUCAAACAUGUAUUGAAAUCAACAAUGACUUGAUUAGAAGCACAGAGGGUACUCAUAAAACCAAAAGUACCAGCGGAACCUUUUAACGAAAAAAAAAAAUAACAUGAUCCAAUUAUAGGUCUUGUAUAUACAGAUACGAAAGAGGAAAUAGCAUUAGGAUAUCCUAGUCAAGUUAUUACAGCCCAUUCACAUACUAGCAAACAAGCUAGACCUCUAUUUAUGAAUGAAAAGGAAGAAGAAGUUGAACGAAUAAUGCAAGCAGAUUGGACAAAUGAUUCCGAUGAUGACAAUGUUAGUAUAUCCAAACAAAGUAAUAGCAAUAAUAAUGAGACAGCUAAAGACGAUAUGAAUACUGCAGAAAUUAACCAGGACAAAAACAAAUCAACCAAAGCCACAGAUUCAAGUUUACCAGAACCGUGGGUAAUGCAAAUAACUGAGAAUGGACAGAAAUAUUAUUAUGAUAAAUAUACACGAAAAAGUGUCUGGGAACUACCAGAUUCUGUAAAAAAAGAGAUGCAAAAACAAAAGAGCAAUUAUGUAGAAAACAGCAAUAAAGAAAUGAAAGGGAAUACAGAUAAAAGGACUAGAGAUGACAAAGAGUAUGAUCAUGAAUCAGUAAAAAAGAUCAAACGUGAAACCAGUGUAGUUAAAGAUCAAGCUUAUAAAAUUGCAAUCAAAAAUGAACACAAAACCAGGACACGUUAUUCUACUGAUAGCAGCAAAGAAAAAAAGAAGAUAACCGGUAAUUCUACACUAUCUAGACCUUCUUCUUCACGUAGAUUAGAGCCAUACUCUCGUCCAUCAGAGUUUGAUCGACCAGGACUACGGUCACGACGAUCUUCACCUUUACCUCCUCCAAGCUAUUAUCACCCAUAUCCUUACGAGUACAGACCCUUGUCACCACCUAUUUCGAGUCAUCACCCCCUUUCUUCUGGCCGAUAUUACCAUUCGAAUCGAUAUGAUGAUACUAGACCUCCUAGAUAUUAUCAUGACCGACGUUUUUAUUCACCCUCACCUCCACCAGGAUGGUAUUCAAGAGACAGUAGAUAUGAAUAUAACAAUAGAAGGAAUUAUGAACCCUAUUACAGAGACUAUCGAUCAUAGUUAUAAUCUCUUUGUUAACAAUCUCUUUCGACUUACUGUGUCGUCAUUAUAAUAUAAACAAUUAAAGAUAUGUCUUUUCUUCUUUUAUUUGUAUAAAGACUGCACAAUUAAAAUUAUAAAUUAUUCAUUUAGGAAGAAUUGACAUAAUAACGAGGAAUAAAAAUUAUUAAAAACCAGCAAGCGAUCAAAAGCAAU